AUGGAUAGAAAAGACAUCGAGAUCGAGCGUCUCACAGCUGAGCUCCUGUUCAAAGAAGAGGAGAUGGAGCAGACUCGCAAGCAGCGAGAGGAGGAGGAGCGAAGGCGGCAGGCAGCAGAGGCUGAAGCGAGGGAGUUGAAAGAAAAGAUGGCAAAGGCUGUGACAGAGAGAUCACCGCCUGUUGGGUGUACCGUGAGAGUUGGCAAGUACGGUAGAUUGAGCAUGGGAGGGGGGUCGGAGGAGAAGAGCCAGGAGGAGCAGAGGCUGGAAAGGAGAGAGGGUGAGGGGAAUCAAGCAAGUGGGAGGAAGCAGGGGAAUGAUGACGUGGCAGUGGUGGAAGUUGACAGGGAUGAUGCCGGCACUGACUCAGCGCAUGGCCACAGUGACUCAGCACGCAGAUUCGAUGAGUCAAGGCCCAUGAUGCGUGACUCAGCAGAGCACUGCCGGUUUGUGGCAUCACAGCUGAUAGCGCACUGUCCUCGAGACUUUCUAUCCCUGGUUGCAGCACCCACUGCCGCUCACUGCCUCCCCCUUGUUGCAACGCCCAAUGCCGCUCACUUCCCGCCCACCCUCGUUGCAACUCUCCCUUCCACUCGCUGCCUCCCAUUCGUUGCAAGGCCCACUGCAACAGAGCCACAGAUGACGCACAGAGGUUCUCUUUCAGACCCUCGCAUGCUCUGUCACACCACCACACACGCACAGGCACACAGCCCUGGCUUGUCACGUCUUCUUCUUUCCGUAGACGCGGCAAGGGAAUCUGCUGUUGCGCUGGGACGGAGAGGUGGAGAGGAGGUGCGGAAUGUGAGAGCGGGUGGGGAUGCGAGGUGCGCGGUUGUGCAGCGGCGACUGCAAGACGGCUUUUCGAAUCUUCCACAUUGCUCUCAACGCUUUCGCCCGCGCCGUCACCCCCUUCCCUCCCCAUGUCUUUCCCACACUCGCUGCCCUCGCAAAUUCCAGCUACUGAUUGGUAUCGACUCGCCCUGCCAUUUCUUCUCCACGCUGCUGGACUUUGCCUGCACACAAGCACCUGUGUCUCAGUCGUCUCGCCUGCAAGCAUGGCAAGCCUUCCCCGUUCUGGUUGAAAUGGACCACACCUGUCGCUCUCUUCUACCCUCUGCUGCCUUUCAGUUGACUCUGAUUUCUCCCUUGUUUUUUUGGCCUCCUCCUUCGCACCCCUUCCCCUUCUUCCCUUUCCAGCCCCCCCGCCUGCAAGCGUGGCAAGCCCUCUCCGUUCUGCUUCGAGUGGACCACACCUGCCGCUCCCUUCUGCUCUCUGCUGCCGUUUGA